AUGAACGACAAGGAGAAGCAGAGCAAGGCCGAAGCAGCGCAACGAGCGCGCCAAGUUCGCAUCGUGGACGCGCAUAAGGCCGCGAAGGCUAAGUCUGGGUCGUCGGGCGGCAUCAUCCGCUUCAAGACAACGUUUCGGAACACGAUCUUUGAUGCGAUGCUGCGGCGUGGGUGGAAGGAAAGGUACAACUCAACAUGGCGUCUCUAUCGUGCAAUGCCGACGAACCGUCACUGGCAUGACGAUAGCGACACGGAAUGGGACUUCUACUGGGCUGACCGCGAAUUCAUCUACGACGUCCUGGACAGCGUGCAUCUGGAUGUGACACAAAAGGUCAACCACUUUCGCAACGGUCGUGAGCUGUGCCGCAAGGAUCUCCUCAUCAAGAACCUUAAGCGCGCGCGGCGCGCUCAGAAAAAGAACGAAGAGUACCCCUACGACUUCUUCCCGAUCACGUACAUCCUGCCUGGGGAGUACUCUAUGUUUGUCGAGGAAUUCAAACGGAACCAAGGAAUUUGGAUCAUGAAGCCGAUUGGAAAAGCGCAAGGCAAAGGCAUCUUCCUCUUCACCAAGCUGAGCCAGAUCAGCGACUGGCGCACCGACUAUCGGUACAAGCCCGAGAACCAGCAAGUUGAAACGUAUGUCGUGCAAAAGUACAUUUCGAAUCCGUACCUCGUGGGGGGUAAAAAGUUUGACCUGCGCCUGUACGCCCUCGUCCCGUCGUUCGCGCCGCUAGAGAUCUACAUCUACCGGAGUGGGUUCGCCCGCUUUACCAAUUCGCGUUACUCGAACAACGCGAGCGACAUCGAGAACUCGUUUAUUCACCUGACCAACGUCGCGAUUCAAAAAACGUCCGAGCAUUACGACAAAAAGCACGGCGGCAAGUGGGACCUGAAGAGCCUCAAGCUGUACAUGAUGUCCAAGCACGGGUGCGACCGCAUCGAUCGACUCUUUUACGAGAUCCAAAUGGUCAUCAUUCGGUCGCUUCAGAGCGUGGAAAAGAUUAUCAUCAGCGACAAGCAUUGCUUUGAACUGUACGGGUACGACAUCAUGAUCGACGAGAAUCUCAAGCCAUGGCUCCUUGAAGUGAACGCGUCGCCGUCGGUGGGUCCGUCGACGGAGCGCCAUCGCAUCACACACUUGCGUAGUUGUCGGCCAAUACGCCCCAGGACUACCAGCUCAAGUGCGGCAUGCUCAACGAUAUGCUCGACAUUAUCGAUCUCGAAAACAAGUGCUGGGACAACGCUUCAUGUGUGAAAGCACUGAUAUACGUGGUGGUAGACUCAAGACAAAGGAAGACCGCGUCGGCGGGUUUGACCUCGUCUACCGCGACGGCCUGAUCGAGAAGGACGAGCGAUGCACGUACACGUCGCUUCUCGGCGCCGAUUUCAAGCGCAACAAACUGCGCAAGCUUCCCGUACCGGGUUUGUAAUCGUCGCUUACUCAAUCUUGUAUUCGUUGCACAGCUUGUCGUAGUACUCGAUCACGUCGUAUGUGUACUUUCGCUUGAGUUUGUACGGCACUGGCAUGAACGACCGCUUGAAUCCCGUCAGGAUCACGCGGCGGAGCUCGGUCGGCUUGAGAUCGAGCGCGUCGACGGCAAGACGGACUUCUCGAAACAUGUCGGUCUUGCUCACGGUGCAGUUGUCCGUGCAGAGCGACACAGCGAGUUUGCCGUCGAGCAUGUUGGUCAGCGGGUGGCGAGAUGCGUCGUUCUCGAUGUCUGGGACGGUUUGGAGGUUCGACGACACACACACUUCGAGGCAUGUGCGGCGAUCGGCCACGUACUGCGCGAGGCCAUCUACGUACGCUUGCUUUUGUUCGGGCUUCAUGUCCUUGCGGAUUUCGUUCGCGUGGAAAAGGUGGUAGCCGUGGCCAAUGCGCUCAGCGUGGAGGUCCGUGAUAGCCGAGAAGAUGCUCUCGGGACCGUACCCUUCCCCGGCGUGCACGGUCUUGUGCAUGAAUUUCUUGUGGGCGAAUGCAAACGCUUCGACAUGGUCGGACGCAGGGAACCCGUUCUCGGCGCCAGCAAUGUCCAACGCGACGAUGGGCAGGUUGAAUGCUUCCUUUGCCGCAUGCGCUUGUGUGAUGAGCGCCAUGGACGCCAAACCGUACAGACGAUGGGGAUCUUCGUAGCGAUGUACGUGGCAAAAUUGCUCGUAGUACGGACCAAAGUUGGGCAUGAAGAAGCGCAUGGCACACACAAUGAUGCCGUAUCCGUGGGAAGGGGCAGCACCGCUCUGAACAUCAAUCGCAGCAUUAGCUUCAUCGGUCGCGCGCUUGAGACCAUUGUUCACAUGGACUAGGAUCUCCUCGAUCGACAGUUUCCCAGGAAUGGCGAGGAGUUGUGGUGCGAACCGCGUUUCGAAAUAUCGGACGCCGACUGCAUACUGGUCGACGGCCUGUUCGUACGCGACACGCUCGAGAGCAGCAGGGUUGCGCAGGACGGCGCAUGUGUACGCAAAGCAUUGCAAGUACUCUUCCAAGUUGUCGUAGGUUUCCUUGAACACGCACGUCGAGAGGUGGGGCACGUCAUACGUGGGGAGUUCAACCCCUUGUUCCUUGGCGAGUUCGACCAACGUAGCGGGACGGACGCACCCGUCCAAGUGGCAAUGCAGAUCUGUCUUGGGGAUCUUGCGGAGGAAUUCGUCGGGGUAGCGCGAGUUGGGCGGGAACGACCGCUUAACAGGAUGCAUGAUGGCAAAUGGGAACGUGAGCGAACAUGGCGCCGCGCAAGUUGAAAUGCCCUAAAUUAAAGCAGACUCACCAGUCCCGUAUGGUUCAAUAGGGAUUUAUAAUAUCUAUUUAGGGUUUUACCCAUGUCCGAC